AUGAGCGACCUCGAUAGAGCCAUCGAGCAGCUGAAACAAUGCCGACCGAUCCCCGAGGACGAGGUCCGACAGCUCUGCCAUAAGGCUCGUGAGCUGCUGGUGGAGGAGGGGAAUGUUGUUACGGUUAAUGCGCCGGUCACGAUAUGCGGUGACAUCCAUGGGCAGUUUCACGAUUUGAUGGAGCUGUUUCGCGUUGGCGGGAGUCCCCCGGAUACGAAUUACCUGUUCAUGGGUGACUUCGUCGACCGCGGCUUCUACUCCGUCGAGACGUUCUUGCUCCUCCUCUGCCUCAAAGUCCGCUACCCCGACCGCAUGACCCUCAUCCGCGGCAACCACGAAUCCCGCCAGAUCACCACCGUCUACGGCUUCUACGACGAGUGCUUGCGCAAGUACGGCAGCGCCAACGUCUGGCGCUAUUGCUGCGAGGUCUUUGACUACCUCGCUCUCGGAGCCAUCGUGCUCGGCGCGUCCAACACCCUGCCGGAUAGCCCGCGCUGCGAGAAUGGGGAGGAUGUCGAGGUGCAGGUGCGGAAUUCCAAGGAUGAGAUUAUUACCAAUUUCCCGAGGAGGAUGAGCCAGGGCCAGGAGGCGACGCCGAACGGGGCUCCCCUCCCGAACGGGAUUACCACGCCUUCCUCAGCGCCGACACGGACUGGCCCGCCUGGCUCGGGGGCGUCUGGUUCCAGUGCUGGGUCGUUAGGCAACCCUGCCGGCGCAGUCCUCUGCGUUCACGGCGGCCUCAGCCCGCUGAUCGACCACAUCGAUAAGAUCCGACUGCUCGAUCGCAAGCAGGAGGUUCCCCACGAAGGCGCGAUGUGCGAUCUUCUCUGGUCCGACCCCGAUGAAAUCGACGGCUGGGGGCUUUCCCCGCGCGGCGCAGGGUUCUUGUUUGGGGGGGACAUUGUCAAGGUGUUUAACCACCGCAACAACCUGAGUUUGAUCGCUCGCGCGCAUCAACUAGUGAUGGAGGGGUUUAAAGAGAUGUUUGACGCGAGCAUUGUGACGGUGUGGUCGGCACCAAAUUACUGUUAUCGUUGUGGGAAUGUGGCGGCGUUGCUGGAGCUCUGUGAGGAUGAGUCCGGGUUGGGGGUGUUGGCUAGGAGUAACGGGGACAGUUAUGGGUUCGGGAUCCCGAAUAGGUCGGCUCAACAAGAUGGUGGUGGUGGUAGCGGCGGCGGCGGCGGCGGCGGCGGCGGCGGUAGCGGAGGGGGCGGUAGUGGUCUGCCGGGUCUGCCGAGCAUUAUUACGCCGAGGUAUGGCCCGGCUAGGAGAUAUAGGAUAUUUCAGGCUGCUGCGCAGGAUACGAGGGGAAUGCCGGCGAAGAAGCCGGUUGCGGAUUACUUCUUGUGA